AAAUCGUGCUGCCACCACUGGAUGAACUAAAAAUUAGCAUUAAAAACCUUCGACUUACGUGUCUGGACCGCGUACCUCACAGCGUCACAGUUACGUUUUUUGACCAGCUUCUGAUCAGCGAGACAAUUAUGCCGAUAGGAGCAAGAGACCCUGAACUGGAGGAUCUGUUCAAUAGUCUAGUUAUUAGUGGUAACAUGAGCUUUGACCCUUCAGACUACGCGAAAAUGUGUCUAUUUGCCAAUAACCCAUUAAUUGUUCAAAUUCAGGUCGCUGAUCAAUCGGAAUGUGUGCCAUGUCCAAGUUGCUGCAACAUAGAUAUCCUACCGCUGUUUCAAGGUGACACCUGCAUGUGUGUUUCAAAACGCAUGGAGCCAAUGAUCGAGCCAACUGUUCUGCAGCUGAAGAGCUGGGAUAACUUACCCCUGAUCAAUUUAGAGCUCGAAAUGGUCCGAAACCCUGAAAACAAGCUCCACCACGAGCUCCUGAACGCUGCCAACAUUCUGAAAAUGACAGUCGUCGCUGCAUAUAAUAUUAUUAAUCCAUAUGAUACAUCUGUCGAGUAUGUUGCUGCCUCUAAAAUACGAUUAAGUAAUGAAUCCACUUCGGGUAUCGAAAUGUUCAUGCACAGCACUCCAUAUCCGAAAAGAUUUUCUAUUAACAGUUUUUAUCCCAAAUGGGGAAGCAUUUCGUGCGAAGAUGCUUUUAGGAAAUGUGAAGAAAAAAUAUGUUUCAGCCUGGAUGAUGUGCAAAACAAUGAAAACAUUAAUUUAAAUUAUUACUUGAAUCAGAAAAACCAAAGUAAUUCCGUGGUUUGGGCUUCAUUCCACCGUAGCCUGGUAUUGGCAGGUGAAGAGCGUCUUCUCAAUGACCACUUGCGCCAGUACCAGUGGCCGGUAGAAUUUCACAUGACCAACGAGGAUGGCGGUUACAGCUUCAUGGGCUUUCUGGAUUUAUCCAAACUCCUAUACCCUGGAGUGACCACCGUACGGCUGGCGGUUCCUCUACUAUGGUUAAACAGCUUUGUGAUGUUGGAAAAAUGCGGUUGCGAAUCGCUCUUGAACUCCAAUGAAAGGACACCGCGAUCUGCGGCGGCUUCCGCGGGUCAGGCAAUAAAAGAAACAGCGGCGACUUCUGGAAGUGCGAUUACGGAUGAUACAAUACCGCAGCCGCCGCCGACGGGAGCCGAUGAUUGCCCUGCGUUCAUGAUCGUCGAGGUGACGCUGGCUAGGCCCUUGCUUAACCCGACCAUACCGCCCUUCAUUCCUGAGUCAGAAAUCGACAAGAUGCUUGGUGAGAAGGCAGACACGUUGCUUACAUGUACCGGCCGCGGGCAGCAGAACAGGGAGUGGCGCGACACUGUAACCAGCGGGGCUGAAGUUCUGCGCGGGCUACCUCACUUCGGAAUAACAGAAUUCUGCUCAUUCAACCGCCAGCUAAGUAAAACGCGCACGCGUAUCGAGUUGUCCACCUCAUUUUGGCAGGAAGCGGCCAUCUACGUCAACAACAACUUCGUCGUGCAGGAUUUCGUGUACUCUGACAACACUUUUGAAGAGAUGGUCAUGAUGGCGCACUCGUGCCUAGUACGCGAGGCCUCCAAGGCUCUGCUCGGCAGCGAGCCGGAGCAGGACCAGACUCUGCGGGCCGCAAGGCACGCCCGCCAGCUGCAAGACAUCCCACAUGCCACGGAGCUGUAUUUGCAAUUGGUGGUAGAGAAUCAAAACAAUGCGCACAGCUGGCGGGAACUGGCCACUUGCCUGAUGGAUAAGGAUUUUGACCUCGCCAGAGUGUGUAUCAAUGAGGCGUUGCUACUGAACCCCCGGCACCCGCUAACGCUACUCUCGAAAGGUUCCAUGUUGUACCAAGAGGAUCCGGAAUCAGCAGAGUUGUUUUUCACGGCAAUAUUAGCAUUAUAUCCAUUCUGGACCUGCGGCUGGGUCAUAGCGCAGGCUUUCUAUGCCGAGCGCCAGGAGUUCCUCAUGGCCGAUAAAAUCCUGCAUUGUGUGAAAGAGACUCUAACUGAAAACCUGGCAGUGGACCUAGCACCUGAGCGAGGCUGGGAGAAGGAACUGGGCGACUGGUGGUAUUCAACACCUCUUCUGCCCGCCACGAAUCAACUUCUAGAGGCUGCUGAUCUCUUAUUGAGAUUACGUGCAAUGCCGCUGGCAGAAGUAUGCCUGGCACGGGCGCUGUCAAGUCAGGGCGUGACACCGGCGUACUCGCACCUCGUGGCGCUGGCCUGCCGACUGCGCGGUGACAUCGACAACGCGCUCUGUCUUCUCAAAGAAGGAUUUGAUUCCUUUGGAGAGGUUAACUAUUUGCACAGUUUACAAGCGGAAUGCUUGAAAAAAAAGAAAAAUCACAACGCAGCUUUAACAUCUUUCGAGAAAGCUGGCAACUGUGUAAACUCAUACAGUAUACUGAGCGCACUACCGGGCCGAGAGCCGCAGCGAGCACGCAGCGUGCUUGUCGAACUGCUGCGCCGGCAACCCAGCGCCUACGCCUGGAUGGCCCUCGCCGACGACUGGCUCAUGCGCCAAGUCGCGGCUGGAAAACUCGGCGGCGCCGGCGACGCGGACGCCGAGGUAGCGAUGUCGGCGUGCGCGGCGGCCUGCGCCGAGCAGGCGCUGCGGUGGGACCGCCGCUGUGCGCGCGCCUGGGCGCUGCUCGCACAGCUCGCCAAGCCCAAGGCUCGUCGAGCCCACUGCAAGGCUAUGGCUUCUUCUUUUGGCUACAAAUGGAGUGACGAGAACUGUGAGUUGUCCGGAACUCAGCAGUCACUGUGCCACCUGCUCGGCUCGGCGCUCCAGGAGUGUCGCUGCAACCUCUGCGAGACCACCAACAAACCUGACUGCGCUCAUUUAGAAUGUGAAUGUGUUAAAUCUGUACUUCUUUAACACUGUUAAUUUUGAUUGUACUUACUUAAUGUGUCUGAACAUUUAUAAUAAAGUAUUCCGUGCA